AUGGUUUCAACUGUUAUACCAGAAGAAUAGGAAGAUUCAAAUAAAGUCAUACAUACAAAUAAUUUUAUUAGUGCUUAAGAAGAACAAGCAUAAAGUUUGAAAAGCAAAAAUAAUGAAAAUGGAAGUUAAUAAAUAUAAGCUUAUGAUAUAUUUGUACCUUUAUUUAAACCAAAAAAUUAAAUAUAAGAUAAGGAGUUUAGAAUGGAUAAUUAAACAUUUAACUUAGGAUUUUCUUGGAUUUUUAGAGCUCUGUUUAUAAAUAUUUCUAAACUAAUGUACCUUAUAAGCAAAAAUGUUAUAUAAAAAAAUAAAAAGAUAGAAAUUUAGCAUUUACCUGAUUUAAAAAAAUCAGAAAUAGUAGAAAAUAACUACUUCUUAUUUGAAGAAGCUCUUCUUAGAAUAACACAAGGGGAAAAAAUCUAAGGAAAGCAUGCAUAUCAAAUGAAAUUGAUAAAUGAAACGAUAGAGAGUAUUAGACUUAUGAAAAUGUACGGUUGGGAAUCUGCUUUCGAAAGUAAUAUUGCAGGAGUUAGAGACAAAGAAUUAAACUGUAUCAAAAAAAUAUAAAUACUAAGGGCUUCUGAUCGUGGAAAUUCAACUUCUUUAGUACUCAUAGCUGCAUUUUUUCCUAUAUUAAUUGUUUACUAUAAGAAUACAGCUGAUUUAUCCAGUUCAAUAAUAUUUGCUACACUUGAAUAACUCUACAGUUUGAGAAAUAUUUUGUACUUAACUGGUGUUGGAAUAAGCUUUUUAUUCUAAAUUGGAUUGAUAUUAAAUCGCUUUGCUGAUUUUCUGAGUCUCAAAAAGCAAUCUAUUACAAUCCUAGAAGAUAAUUAAAAUCACAUCCCUGAAUUAUUUGAAAAAUAGUUAUUGAUUUAAAAGAAAAAAGAUUUAUUAGACAAAAAAAAAGGUAUCUUUUUAAAUGAAAAUCCCUUGGCUACUAGAAAUAGAAAAAUUAUGAAAUAAUUUGAACUUGAACCGGAAGAAUAAAAAAUUAUUGAUAUUAAAAACGAUAGGUUUAACUAAAAGGAAUUCAAGUUAGAAUGCCCUUAGAAUGGUGAAAAUAUAGCUGAAUUUUCGAAUUUCACAAGCCUUUGGGAUCCAAAUAGUGAUGCAGUUCUAAAGAAUAUAACUUGGAACAUAAAAAAAGGUAAUUUCUAUGGAAUUGUUGGAAAAGUAGGUUCUGGAAAGUCUACUUUACUACAAGUUAUACUUGAUGAAGUCCCUCAUUUUUAAGGUAAUUUAAAAAAAUCAGGGACAGCUAGCUAUGUAGAAUAAGAGCCUUACAUCUUUUCUGGAAAAUUUAAAGAUAACAUUUUAUUUGGAAAGCCUUACGAAUAAAAUUUUUACAAUGAAGUUAUAAAAGCUUGUAGCUUAGAUUAAGAUAUUGACAUAUUACCAAACGGUGAUGAAACGGAAAUAGGAGAAAGAGGUAUUAAUCUUAGUGGAGGAUAAAAGGCCAGACUGUCUUUAGCCAGAGCUGUUUAUAGUAAAAAUGAUAUAUAUUUACUUGAUGAUCCUCUUAGCGCUGUAGACUCUAAAGUUGCUAGUAAUAUUUAUAAGAAUUGCUUAAAUGGUAUUUUAAAAAACAAAACAGUAUUGCUUGUAACCCAUCAAAUUCAUUUUACAAAAUCUUGUAAUGAAAUAAUUGUUUUGGAGUAAGGAAGAAUAGCUCAUAAAGGAACAUUUUAGGAUUUAGAAAAUAUACUUCUUAGCAUGUCUAAUCAAGAACAUUUUAGUUAAAACAAAGAAUAACUUUCAUUAAAUCUGACAAUAAGCUAAUAAGAAAAGAAAGAAUCAAAAUAGGUUUAAUCGUUAAGUUAAUAAAAACAACAAAACUUUGAAAAAGAUUUAGAAAAGAAGCUUAAAGAAGAAAAAGAAAAAAAAGGAAAGCUUAUUAUUUAAGAAAAGGAUGAAAAGUUUGACUUAUCUUUAAAAACAUACUAAACCUAUUUUAGGCAUGCUUAAAGUUCUUAUAAAAUUUUUUUAGUUCUACUUCUAUACAUUUUAAGCGAAGGCAUAUAUUCUUCUUUCUAUUUUACUUUUGGUUCUUAUGAUUAAAAUGAUAAUAAAUCCUAAUUGUUUUAUGAAUCAGGUAUCUUGAUGGGUUGUUUUAUAGUUAUUUGUAUAUCUAAAUACAUUUUAACUGUACUCAUAACUAAUAUUUGUAAUAGAAAUUUGCAUAAUCAGAUGUUUUCAUAGCUUACUAAAGCUCCUAUUUUAUACUUUGAUUAAACUCCAUCAGGGCGAAUUUUAAACAGAUUCUCAAGUGAUAUAGGAAAUACUGAUUUAAUGCUUCCUUUUAUGCUAUUUGAUAGCAUAGAAGGCCCUUUGCAGCUUCUGAAUAUUUGUAUUACAGUUGGGGUUUUAAAUCCAUGGUUUUUCAUUAUUGCGAUAUUUAUGAUUUUUUCUACAAUAUUUUUGUUAAAAUAUAAUCUCCCUUUAAUAGUUUAGAGUAAAUAACUUGAUUUAAUGUAUAAGAGUCCUAUUUAUGAAUAUUUUUCUAGUACAGUUUAAGGAAUUAUUCACAUAAGAAUUUACUAACAGGGUAAAAACUUCUUUACAAAUAUGUGUAAAAUUCUUAAUGAUUCAGUUCGCACAAAUUAUGCAUUCUGGAGCUUUAAUAGAGGUUUUGCUUUUAAUUAGCAAAUGUCAACCAUAAUUUUUAGUCUUAUAGGAAUUAUAUUAAGCAUUUAUACAUCUUCUAGCUCAGACAAGCUUGGUUAAUCAAUAGUUUAUUUAACUUAAAUUAUUGAUGUAAUUGCAUCUCUUUCUAGAUAAAUUCCAAAUCUUGAUAGUUGCAUGUCCUCAGUUGAUCGUGCGUAACAAAUUUGUAAACUUCCUCAAGAAGAUGCAUAAAUAAAGCCUUUAGAUUAUAAAUUAUAUAAUGAGUUAGAAACAGCAGAAAAUAAAUAAAAUAUAAUUAUUUUUAAAAAUUUUUAAAGGUAAUCGUGGAUUAAAAAAGGUAAUAUUGUUUUCUAAAAUGUUCAGAUGAAAUAUAGAAAAGAUCUUGAUUUAGUUCUAAAAGGAUGCAGCUUCUCUAUAAAAGGAGGAGAAAGGGUUGGUUGUGUAGGAAGAACUGGAGCAGGAAAAUCAUCAAUUAUAUAAGUUCUUUUUCGAAUGGUUCCUGUUGAACAGGGUAGUCUUGUGAUGAUUGAUGAUAUAGAUAUCAAACAAAUUGGCCUUAACACAUUAAGAAACUCUAUGAGUAUCAUACCUUAAAUGCCGUUUGUAUUUAAUGGAACUGUUAGAAGAAAUUUAGAUCCUUUAGAAGAGUAUAGUGAAGAUUAAAUUUGGUAAUCUCUGAAAUAAACAAACUUAGAAGAAACUAUAAAAAAAUUGCCGAACGGAUUAAAUACAGAUAUGACUAAUGUUUAAAGUAUUUUUUCAACAGGAUAAAAAUAACUGAUAUGUUUGGCUAGAGCAAUUUUAAAAAAUAGCAAAAUAUUAGUCCUUGAUGAAGCUACAGCAAAUGUUGAUAUGAAAACUGAUGAAUUUAUAUAGGAAGCAAUAUAAACUCAAUUUACAGGAUCUACUAUAUUUACAAUUGCUCAUCGCUUAAAUACAAUAGCAAACUACGAUAAAGUUAUUGUAAUGGAUUAAGGUGUUGUAGCAGAAUUUGAUGAACCAUAUAAAUUGUUAGUAAAAUAAAUAGGUGACUUAGAAAUAACAUCAGAAUCAAUUUUUGCUUAAAUGGUUUAAAACACAGGAUAUGAAAACUCUCAAGCUAUACUAAAGAUAGCAUAACAAAAAUAUUAUGAAAUUCAUAACUAGUAGUAAGAUAAUUAUAAUAUGUGA